AUGUUUGCUGAUGAUACUCAAUUAGGAACGGCAAAUAAGGAUGUCAAAGUAAUUUUUGAAACGUUAAAUGAUGACCUAGCAAAUAUUUCAGUUUGGAUGGCGGCCAACAAGCUGAGCCUGAAUAAAAGCAAAACUGAAUAUAUGUUUAUUGGAUCACAUCAAAAACUUAAACAGUGUAACUCCGAAUUACAAAUAAAAAUUGGAGAUACGCCUAUUAAACGAGUAACCGUUACUAAAUCACUGGGUAUGAUGGUAGAUGAGACCUUAACCUGGCAUUCUCAAACAGAUCUAAUUACAAAGAAAGUGAACAAGGGUCUUUACGUCCUUAGAAGAUUAAGAGAUUUUGUUGAU